UUCUUGCUUCAGCCCGAACAGACGUGUUCAGGGCAAGCGGUCCAGGGGUACCACAUUCGGUUGUGGGCAGGCACCGUCACGCCGCAGCUAUCUCCUCCUCCUCGAGCCCUCCUUGCGCGUCUUCCUUGGCUGGAAACCUGCGGUUCACUGCUGUCUCGGAGAACGUCUGCACGAUGGUCGUUCAAGUUGUGGAGGCAGCUUCGCCAAUUGCGCCAAGCUCAGGCGCCAUCUUCGGGAGUUCACGGCCUCGUGCAAGAACACCCAGCAACCCGAAGCCCAUCUCGCCGUCGCAACCGGCAGCGUCGCCAGACCACCCCAUGCAGACGAGAGUGCGGAAGUUGUCCGAGGCGAAGAAGACACCAGCUAGAAGACAGGCUAGUGUGGGUGACCAAGUCAACAGACCCGAUAGCCCGGACUUGGACACUAUCCUCGCCAACACACCCCGCCCACGCCGCAGAAGCUCAGUAGCAGUCUCUCCGUCUACAACCAGGUCGCGUACAAGCUCUGUGGCCAGCCCGUUUGGAUGGAGGGUCUCUGGGACGGAUCAGGAUGGCACUGAGUUGCGAGGGUCAGACGACGACUUGAGGGGGCUGGAGGGUGACGACGGGAGUGAGUCGGAUUCGAGCAUAGACCUUCAUACGCCGCUACCCCAUCUUAUGUUCCGCGAUGGCCUCCUAUCCCCCCGCUCGAAGUUGCUUCCGCAGGUGCCUGGAUCUCCGUUUCCUUUCUUGCUAGAAGAGGACGAAGAAGGCGAUGCGCUGGACAGGUCGAAGAGUGUUUUGAGUGUGGUAUCAAAUGUGGGGUCGGUCAUGACCAAAUCCGGACUUCUCUACAAGGAUCCUCGCGACACGGUCAGACGCAGGCGUCGGCACCGGGAUGGGCAGCUGUUGCGCGCGGGCAUGGGUCUGACUACGGGUCUCGGUUGGAGCGACAGCGAGGACGAAGACGCUCCAUCGACGCUAACCCGCCGCCUCAUCCACACUUCGAUUUCCCGCAAGCCAUCCUCCUCGAUCUCGCGUCCUGCUUCUGAAUUUUCCCGCGAUGUCGCAUCUCCUGCUCCCGUGCGCCCUACACGACGCAAACCAGGGACAGCCCGGUCUGCUUCACUCUCCAUAACCUCUCUGUCCUCGCUCGGGCGCCCUGGUACUGCGGGGAGCAACUCGUCUACCGAGUCUCAGCCAGUUUCGCAUACUCGUGCUCAGUCGACUGCUGUCGGCACUCCGCCCACUGCGAGUUCGUUGCCCAUGCCCUCUCCUCCGAGCUCAGUUAGUAUGACGGUCCCUCGCGCGCGACUGCCCAAGUCUACCGAGGUCAAAGCCGCGCUCUCCCGCGUCCGUACCGACUCGACGGGCACGUUUGGCGGCAAGGCUAGGUCUGCAUCCGUCGCCGUUCCAACUGCAUCCGCCUUGCGUUCUCGCACGACGUCCACUACGUCGAGUGCAAGUACCGGGUCCGUAUACUCGUCCAGUUCCGCAUAUUCCAGCUCGGGAUCGUCCACUCAGUCUGCGGGGAGCACGACGUCGACCGGCGUGAUACCCCGACCCCUGCGCCUCCCGCAAUCGAGUGCGCUCUCGCGUCUCUCACAACCGUCCUCUGAGUUAGGCAGUAUGUCGAGCCUCCAACAAACGCUAGGAAAAGGCAAGCCUCCCGGUGUUGAACCUACGCGUCCGCGUACUAUCUCGAUGUCGCGAUCUACGGGCAGUAUAUCGUACAGUACGGGGCCUAGGCCCCGCCCUUUGCUGUCGCCGCCACAGCCGUAUACCCCUCGCUCGCCCACUCGCACCCCUACGGACUCCCCGCGCAGUCCAAGUCCUGGAACAUCGCUUUCGUCGCGCUCGCCGUCGCCGCGUGCCCGGCCGCUGGUCGCAGGGCCGAGGCCGAAGCCUCGCACGGGUACGGGUAUGAUGUAUCGCACGUCAUCGUACUCAAGCCUUCAGGCGACAGCAAUGCGCAUGCGGACCAUGUCAACCGUGGCCCCACCAAGCAGCGGCGUUCUGAUAUAAACAAAAGGUCUAUGUCGGCGUAUCUUCAAGCCUGUGGACGCUGGCGCGUGCACGACAGAUGAACGAGAACGUUCUGGUGAUGUUCCGGUUCUGAUUCACAACGCACAUUCUCUAAUCUACACGAU